AUGUCUUCGGCGACACUCAACGAGUAUAUCAAUAACACACAGUCAGUGGUGACCGCCGACGGCCGACAGAUUGUGAUCGACGAUUUGGUGAACUUAUAUCGAGAGUUCGCCAAAACUCCGGUUCCCAUCGCCGGACAUCUCUACCGAUGCGGUGAUAAUAAGAGACGAAUGUCUUUACGAACGGAUUGGAGGGUUCGGGAUAUGGAUCGCCCGGAAGUGACCAAACAUGCCGUCCAUCACACCAUUAAACUGUCCAAAGACUGCACUCGAGUUAAAUACAUCCAACCCGUCGGACAACCCGUGGAUGUGACCAAUGAAUUGGCGGCCACUGCCAGAGCACCGGUAUCUCAAUACAUGGCAGUCGUGCGCAAGGGUUCCAAAGACCCCGAGUCUGGGAAACAGAAACAAUGGCUCGAAGUAUGGGAUCAGACGUCGAAAGUGCGGUCAAUAGACACGGAUUCAGUGGACGAACACUCGGCUCUUGUAUUGGACGACACGUUCGGACGACUCCUGUGGUCAGGGAAUGGCAAACAACUCCUAUAUGUCGCUGAAUAUAAGGCACCGAAAGCUCAGUCCUAUUACAAGAGAGUCAACAAAAAGGCCGAUAAACCCGACAAAGAGCCGGACACUAGGGGUCAGGAGUUUGUGCACAGAGAUGACUGGGGUCAUUUUUUGGAGGGAAUCAGUCAUAUAGUGAUCUGUAUUCUUGAUGUCAGCAAAGACUUCAAGAUCCGCACCAUUGAAAUGACAGGCUAUUCAUUGGGUCAGCCCUUCUGGACGGACAGUACGGGUGAUAGCAUUGGAUUCAUUGGAUGGCCUGAAGAACCUCUGCGUUUGGGACUGGACUGUCCGAUACGCCAGAAUUCUGUGUUUACA